AUGGCCUACCUUUACGGACGUGGAUUAGGUGCGCAUGGCCGUGAAGACCUGCCACUGACGAUGCUCUAUCCGGUAGAGAAGCCACAGGAACACGAUGGUUUCUUAGGAGACUAUACCAUGACAUCCUUCAAUACAUUGGCUGGUCGUAUCGAAGACUUCUACCCCAUUGUUCACCUUAACCGCAGUGAAGCCGACGUCUCUCUGUACUUCGUGUCUGCAAAUGACAUUGUGUAUCCAAAUCAAGUCGACGACCCGCUAUAUUCUGCUCACUUCCAGUGGGGGACGUACUACGGUGAGGAUUCCAAUAUGACCCUGUACUGCCGCGACGCGCCCGCCACCGUCUUGGCCUGCGCGCACCAACAUCAACUAUGCUACGCAGGUGCAAAUUCUUCUUCCUUGUCUUCCCCCUCCGAAAGCUGCCAGCCCUUGUCGGGUAUAAUGCAAAUGGUAGACACCUUCAACGCCAGUCCGAACAUUACAUCCAACUCGGCGCAGGCUGCGGCCAUGUUCAUGUCAGCCAUGUGGUUCGGCUUUUCUGCACAGCAUAUUGUGCGGACUCUGGGCAUUUCUGCCCUCACGGCACGGCAGUCGUUGCAUUCCGGCACGCAAGCUCCUCUUCCACCCAACCAGUGGCAACACGAGGUCCAGCAUUGGCAUGACACUUCGCUGGCCGUGUUGCAGCGGCAGGUAAUCGAGCUAGCCAACGGCCCAUUUGAUCAAAACAUCGUUCCACUCCUUGAGCGGCCGCAACUGGAUGUCGAAAAGAGAAAAGUAGUAAACACCAAUUACAGCUCGUUCAGUGUCCUGGGACUUUCCAUUCUCCUCGGUAUCGGCGGCUUCAUCAAUCUCGUUGGGUAUAACUUGGAUUGGAUUGUCGAGGCCAUACAGAAGCGCUAUAAUCUAGACAUCUAUAGCCGGCUAGAGUGGACUACUAACGACACUCUGCAGCUCCAGAGGCUCGCCCAUGAGGAGCUGGGCGUGGGUACUUGGUCUGGGAAAGAGAGCUCUUAUCCAAUUACAAUGAAGGGGGAGCGCCUUGCAGUCUUAGAAGUCACGGGCCCCGGUGCCCCAAAGCUUUCAAGACCUCCGAGGACGUAUGAGGAUGCUCUGAAUGGUUCCGAUCACCCGGGCGAUGAGUGUGACAGUGGCCGGGAUAAGCAGAGUACUUCAAGUGGAGGGUCUGAGUCUGCGGGACAAUAG